GAGAGCUGCCCCUCUCGCUGGCCGCCUGCACCAACCAGCCCCACAUCGUGCACUACCUGACGGAGAACGGGCGCAAGCAGGCGGACCUGCGGCGCCAGGACUCGCGCGGCAACACCGUGCUGCACGCCCUGGUCGCCAUCGCCGACAACACCCGCGAGAACACCCGGUUCGUCACCAAGAUGUACGACCUGCUCCUCGUCAAGUGCGCCAAGCUCUUCCCCGACACCAACCUGGAGGCUCUGCUCAACAACGACGGCCUCUCCCCGCUCAUGAUGGCUGCCAAGACCGGCAAGAUCGGGCAGCCUCUGGGAUCCCUCCUCAACCCAUGUCCCAGCAGCGAGUCCUGCAGCGAGGAGCAGUCCAACUGCACGGUGCCCACCUACCCCUCGUGCCGGGACAGCCAGACCUUCAGCACCUUCCUGCUCGACCUCUUCAAGCUCACCAUCGGCAUGGGCGACCUGGAGAUGCUCGAGAGCGCCAAGUACCCCGGCGUCUUCAUCAUCCUCCUCGUGACCUACAUCAUCCUCACCUUCGUGCUCCUCCUCAACAUGCUCAUCGCCCUCAUGGGCGAGACCGUGGGCCAAGUCUCCAAGGAGAGCAAGCACAUCUGGAAGCUGCAGUGGGCCACCACCAUCCUGGACAUCGAGCGCUCCUUCCCGGUGUUCCUGCGGAGAGCCUUCCGCUCGGGGGAGAUGGUCACCGUGGGGAAGGGCACCGAUGGGACGCCCGACCGCCGCUGGUGCUUCAGGGUGGAUGAGGUGAACUGGUCCCACUGGAACCAGAACCUGGGCAUCAUCAGCGAGGACCCGGGCAAGAGCGACACGUACCAGUACUACGGCUUCUCCCACACCGUGGGCCGGCUGCGGAGAGUGCUGGUGGGGGGCUGCACCCCGCCGGGGUGA